AUGGGAUCCGAAAGCAAGUCGCUGGAGUCGUUUUUGAAAGACUUCCCCAUCGAGCCGCCUGGUUCAUCCGAACCCUGGUCGCUAGCUAAGGAUUUGUGUCUUACCUACCGAAGUCUAGCAAUUACUUCAUCAGAUCAGUUCAUUCCAACGCCGCUUUUGCAGCAGAACUUAACAGGAUACCAUAAAGGGAAAUGCCUGGCCAUCGACAUCGGAGGAACGAACCUCCGAGUAGGCAUCAUCGAAUUCAUGGACACAGCCGAAACCACGGAUCAUGAUGGCGUGAAUGGGAAUGCCCAGAGUGCUACAAAUAGGAGCCAGCUUCAUAAAUCCUUUGAAAUGUCCUGGCACAUUGAUGAAGAUCUGAAAAAGGCACAUCCGCAAAAAUUCUUCAACUGGAUUGGAAGCUGCAUUGUCGACGUGAUUAGCAAUAAAAAGAGCUUCCUGGGGGGUUAUGAUAAGGAGUUUCUGCCUGUCGGCAUAACAUUUUCCUUCCCUAUGAUUCAGGAGUCAUUGAACGAGGCUAAGAUAAUGGCCAUGUCCAAAGGGUUCACUCUUGAAACAGAUAUGGACCUAGGGCAUCUUCUCGUUCAAGGAUAUGAAUCUCAUAGAAUUAAAAUUCUUGAUGAGCAGGAAACCAAGCUCCCAGACUUGAAAAUUAUAGCCAUUGUCAACGAUGCAGUAGCGACUUUCAUCACGGCCAACUACAACACCCAAAACAUGUGUGGGAGAAAAGUUCCUAUGAGUUUCAUCUGCGCAACAGGAACUAAUGCUACCGUAUCUAUGCCUUUGAGCAGUUUUGGGAGCUUCAAACUACCUCGUCAUAUGGAUCUGAGUGAACUUUCUUCUGAUUCUACCGAGUUCAUAAUCAAUACUGAGUGGGAGAUGAAGGGAGCAUCAGGGCCACUACAACCUUAUAUAACAAAGUGGGACCUACUGCUUGAUAAAGACCUUCCUAUUCCCGGCCAACAGCCAUAUGAUUACAUGACUGCUGGGAGAUAUCUUGGCGAGCUUGUUCGCUUAAUGGCAGUCGACUUCUUUACUACCCAAUGGCAUAUCCCUGAGCUCGACUUACCACUACGGCUUCGGCAACGAAACUCUCUAACGACGGCAUUUAUUGGAGCCCUUGGUGAGACUACCACACGUAGCAGUCAUCACGAAAAAGACCAGAUUGUUGUUCUCUGCGAGACAGAAUUACCGCCCACAUCAGGCAGCAGUUGGAGGUGGGGUUAUGAAAGUGCAAGUGCCUUACGCGAGAUCGCAAUCAGAGUUAGGCAGCGUGCAACAAUGUUAACGGGCAAUGCUAUCGUUGCUAUGUUGCUUUGUAUUAGGGCUCUAAAGUGUGAUAAGCUGCUCGAUCCCGAGUUGCUCUCAAAUCAUUGCACCGCUACGUUUAAGCAAGUCCAAUCUCUGAAUGUCGAGGUCCCCGCAGAAGAGGAGCCAUUGCUUGUCGGCUAUACGGGUGGAUGUAUUAUGCAUUUCCCAAAAUACUUGGACGAAGUCCAGAGGUGGGUUGAUCAAUUGACACACAAUAUUCAUUCAUCACCACAACCUAUCGAAUUUAUACCUGUUGUUGACGGAGGCAUUCUUGGUGCUGGCAUACUAGCAUGUACGGCAUUGAGUGCAUAGAACUACAAAGAGGGACGUUGGUAAUCACAAAGUUUAAAGCAGUUUAAGCAUCGUCAAAUACUAUUCUAGCUACCG